UGUUUUUACCCGCUCGUGCAGGUAGUGCUGCGGCUUGCUGUAGUCGCGCGACGGUGUGCUGCGGAUCGACGGCAGCGAUGGUGUUUGUGUCAGGAUGUGCAUCGCCGAGAGUUCUUGAUGCUGUGACCUCGGGCUGUUCAUUGCAGCCACCUGCCGCCUAUCGUCGAACGCCAUGAUCUGCGCCGCUGAUGGUACCAGCGGCAUCGAUACUCGCGACUGCAGACGGGCAGGGAGGUGCGUAGAUGGGGCUUCGGUUGCAGAGCGCUUCAAGCCAUCGUGGCCUUCAGGCAGAUCGCUGAGUAGGCUGGUCUUGGACUUGUCGUUGGUCAUACGCAAGAGCCGGAGUGUGGCCAUGGCAUCGCGCAGUUUGGACGGGUAGCUGCCCAGAUUUGGUUUGCGACGCCGACGGGCUGUUCUGGCUUGCUCCUGCUGGCCGCGACCAGCGCGGGGCCAGCGGCGCAGAGAAAUCCAUGUCAGAAAUGCCUAGGUGUUGCUGUGAGACAGACCGGCCCAAAGGGUUGGUGUCAUGUGGGGAUGCUCUGGAAUGCCGGCAUCGCCGACCUCGGAGUCAUGCCCGAUCCCAAAGACGUCCGACCACUGGCUGUCGAGCCUGUGAGGUGGCUCCAGUCAGUGCAGCGCUGGUAGGCGCAAUCAUGUUGUGGACCAUGCUGGUGUCGACCCAGAGCUUGUUGCCCGGCCUGCCAUUUUGUGGAGUCUCAGCCGUGUCCAUCGGAUAUCUGCUGCCUCCCAGCGGUGCACCCGAUAAGGCCGCGUCGCUGUCCUUCCCGCUGUUUCCUCGUAGAUGUCUCUUGAUCGCCGCCGGGAAAGCGUCGAUAGUGACGCGACGCGAGUUUUUCACUUCAUUCCGGAGCUUCUGGGGCGAGAACAGCUUGCUUUGCUGCACAUCCAGCACCGGCAGCGGAUCCACUGCCAUAGGAGUUGAGGGGACGCUCACCAUAUCGUAUUCCGGUUCAGUCUUCGAAUUGAGUGCGGCCAAGGGACUGGCCAGGCGUAUUGCCUGGGGCAGGUCUCAGCGGCGGCUUGUACUCGAACGACGCCGGCUUGUGGUCUGACUUGCCGCCCAGCCAGCGCCGGCGCACGCUGUCAGGCACCAGCCGGAACUUAUUGUGAUGU